CAAAUUCAUUCGCCAUAAUGUCACGCGUAUCGGUCUUACUCAUACUCUUAUCACUGGUCAUUAUCAACUCCGGCGACAGCAAUCACAGCAGCAGCAACAACAAUCACAAUUAUAGCAGAAUUCAUACAUUUCCUCAGCCAUUCAGCAGCGCCAACAGCACGAAAAUCGUCAAUCAUCCAGUAUCUAGUUCAACAACUGCGGCAAACAAUGGCGAAGAAACACGCGCACAAAAACAACAGCAACCAACUCAUCAUCUGCAGCAACAACAGCAGCUUGCGCAGCGCGACAAAAGAGCUACUGGCGACUUUCAGUUGGACGAGGCGGAAAUCGCACGCCAAAAUCAAAUAACACAACAAAUAUUCGCCAAAUAUUUAGAACGACGUCUGUUCCCGAAUCGCAGCACAAACGAACGCAUACCGACCAUUUCGGAAAUACUACCCAAACCAUCCUCCUCCACGACGGCACGACCACGACCGCGCGGCUUCUCCUCCGCGAGAGACUUUCACAAUUUUCGACGUGGUGUUGAUACACAGAAAACGAGCGGUCGCAAACGAUAUGGCAACGCUAAUCAAAAGCAGAGGCAACGUCAGCGAGGCGGCAGUAAUAGCGGUGGCGCACAUCGCCAGCAAUUAGUUGUUGAACCUGAAGAGGAGGAAGAACAAGACGCAGAACCAACGGUACAACAGAGUACCGAGUAUUAUGCGGAUAUCAAUGCCGAAGCCGAUGAAGUGGCCGAUGAUGGUCAAGAGUCACUGCAAAGUGUCGAAUCCGAGCAACACGAUCACUACUAUAGCGAUGUGUUUAAUCGUGAUCCCAGCGAAAAUGAAAUUGACAGCGAUUGUCCGAACUGUGUGGACGAGUCUCAAUACAAUAACAAAUGGACAAUGCCGUUGCUCAAACUGGGCGAGAAGCGUUACUACCUCGGCAUCUUCUUCAAGGCGAAUUGGUUCAAAGCAUCACAAUAUUGCCGCUAUCACGGCAUGCACUUAGCAAGUAUUGCAUCACAAGAAGAGAAUGACAGACUGGAAAAACACAUACGCGACUUUGCAGGUUUGGGUCACGAACACUUCUGGACAUCUGGCACUGACUUGGCCGAUGAGGCCAACUACUUUUGGAUGGCCAAUGGUCGGCCCAUUACAUUUACGAAUUGGAAUGCUGGCGAACCGAAUAAUUUCCGUUAUGAGAAUGGUGAAGAGGAGAAUUGCAUGGAGUUGUGGAAUCGUGAUGGCAAAGGUCUGAAGUGGAAUGAUUCGCCGUGUAGUUUUGAAACGUAUUUCGUGUGUGAAGUGCAGGCAAUUUAAUGAACAGUGGGCGUUGAUUGACUGAAGCACAAACCAAUAAUGUUAUAAAUAAACAAGAACGACAACAAAAACAAUAACAAACGACAAUUGCUAAGUUGUCAAAUGUUUGCAGCGGAGCUAAGCAUAAUAA